GCCUCUUUCCCAGAAGAGCCGGAAAUGACCAAGUCCCUGGGGUCAGUGUCAUUCAAGGAUGUAACAGUAGACUUCAGCAGGGAUGAGUGGCAACAAUUGGACCUUGCUCAGAAAAGCCUGUACAGGGAUGUAAUGCUGGAAAACUAUUUCAACUUGAUCUCAGUGGGGUGUCAAGUUCCCAAACCAGAAGUCAUCUUCAGUUUGGAGCAAGAAGAGCCAUGUCUGCUGGAUGGUGAAAUCUCAAGCCACAGCUGUCUCGAUGGGGAUAUUGGUUUUGAAACUUCACAGCAGGGAAUGUCUGAAGAAGUUUUAAUCCAGUUUGAGAGAAUUAAUCUCUUUACAGGAGAUGACCCGUAUUCCAUUUUAGAAGAUUUGUGGCAAGAUGAUAAACAGACAGGGAGAUGUGAGGAAAACCAGAACACAGGUGUAACACAAGUUCACUUUAUCAACAAGGGAGCACUAUUUAAUGAGAGAGACUGUGAAUAUAAGGACAAUGGGAAAAUUGAUCAUGUAAACACAUACCUUGUUCCUGCAAGAAAAAGACUCCAGAACUAUGAAUCAUUUGGAAGGAGUUUGAAGCCUGUUGUAAGCUUAUGUGAGUAUAGAAACAAUGCAAGAGGAAAUCCUGAUAAGAUUAUUGGAUAUGGUAAUAUUUUCACUCAUAUGAAUCCUCAUACCGAAACGAAUGCUUGUGAAUAUAACCAGUGUAAGAAACUUCUGAGUCAUAAGCAAGCUCUCAUUCAACAUCAAAAAAUUCAUACUGAGGAGAAUCUCAAUUUAUUUUCUGAUUAUGUAAAAAUUUUCACCCAGAAGCCACACCUCUUUGCACAUCAAAGUAUUUGUGCUGAAGAGAAACAGCAUGAAUGCAGCAAAUGUGAGAUAGUCUUCACUCAGAAGCCCCAACUUGCUGUACCUCAGAAGGCUUCUAUAGGAGGGAAACCCUGUACACGCACUGAAUAUGAGAAGGACUUGUCCCUCAAGUCAAAUCAUGAGAAAACUCACACUGAGGAGAAUCACUGUAAAUGCAAUGAAUAUGGAAAAGCCUUUAUCCAGAAGUCAGAUCUGUUCAGAUGCCAAGGAAUUCAUAUUGGAGAAAAACCCUAUGAAUAUAGUGAGUGUGGGAAAAAUGUCUCUCAGAAUUCAAACCUCAGUGUACAUAAAAAAAUCCAUACUGGAGAGAAACACUUUGAAUGUACUGAAUGUGGAAAAGCCUUCACAAGGAAAUCAACUCUAAGUAUGCAUCAGAAAAUUCAUACAGGAGAAAAACCCUAUGUAUGUACUGAAUGUGGGAAAGCCUUUAUCCGGAAGUCACAUUUUAUUACACAUGAGAGAAUUCAUACUGGAGAGAAACCUUACAAAUGCAGUGACUGUGGAAAGUCCUUUAUAAAGAAGUCACAACUCCAUGUGCAUCAGCGAAUUCACACAGGAGAGAAUCCCUUUAUAUGUACAGAAUGUGGGAAGGUCUUCACUCACAAGACAAAUCUCAUUAUACACCAGAAAAUUCAUACUGGAGAGAGACCUUAUAUAUGUGCCGAAUGUGCAAAGGCCUUUACUGACAGGUCAAAUCUCAUUAAACACCAAAAAAUUCAUACUGGAGAGAAACCCUAUAAAUGCAGUGAUUGUGGAAAAUCAUUCACCUGGAAGUCACGGCUCAGGAUACAUCAGAAAUGCCAUACUGGAGAGAGACAUUAUGAAUGCAGUGAGUGUGGGAAAGCCUUCAUCCAAAAGUCAACACUAAGUAUGCAUCAGAGAAUUCAUAGAGGAGAAAAACCCUAUGUUUGUACUGAAUGUGGGAAGGCCUUCUUCCACAAAUCACAUUUUAUUUCCCAUGAGAGAAUUCAUACUGGAGAGAAACCUUAUGAAUGCAGUGAUUGUGGGAAAUCCUUCACAAAGAAGUCACAACUCCAUGUACAUCAGCAAAUUCACACAGGAGAGAAACCCUAUAGAUGUGCUGAGUGUGGAAAGGCCUUCACUGACAGAUCGAAUCUCUUUACACACCAGAAAAUUCAUACUGGGGAGAAACCGUAUAAAUGUAGUGACUGUGGAAAAGCCUUCACUCGGAAGUCAGGCCUCCAUAUACAUCAGCAAUCUCAUACUGGAGAGAGACACUAUGAGUGCAGUGAAUGUGGGAAAGCCUUUGCAAGAAAAUCAACACUAAUUAUGCAUCAGAGAAUUCAUACAGGAGAGAAACCCUAUAUUUGUACCGAAUGUGGGAAGUCCUUCAUCCAGAAAUCACAUUUAAAUCGGCAUCGGAGAAUUCAUACUGGAGAGAAACCCUAUGAAUGCAGUGACUGUGGGAAGGCCUUCAUUAAGAAGUCACAACUCCAUGAACAUCAUCGAAUUCACACAGGGGAGAAACCAUUUAUAUGUGCUGAGUGUGGAAAAGCCUUCACCAUCAGAUCAAAUCUUAUUAAACACCAGAAAAUUCAUGCUAAACAGAAACCCUAUAAAGGCAGUGACUUUAGGAAAGCCUUAAACUGGAGACCACAGCUCAGUAUACAUCAGAAAUCAGAUUCUGAGGAAGUAGAGUGCCCAGUGCCACAAUCAUGGUGUGGAGAUACAAAGUAG